GUUACAUCGCCAUAACAUUUAAUACUUCACCCUCCCAAAAUUCCCGAACAAUAAGUGUGGACGAGGGCGGACGACACGGGAAGACAGGAGGAAAGAAGAAGCCUUCAUUCCAAGGCAAAAAGCGAGACCCGCAUAUCGUCAUAACUCCCCCCCACCCCCACGCACACCUCCGCUCCGCAGCAAAAGAAAACGUACAACGUCUUGGCUAACGGAAACAUCUCAUACGGGAGCCUCAAAACGAUAAGAUACUGCACACCUAGCUCCCAUACACAUCUCAUUCAGGUCUGUCAAGUGCAUACAUAGGAGCAAGCGCACGAGCACGAUGGCACCAUCCGUUACACCACUCACCACUCACUACGCCCUAGUCAUCGACGCUGGCUCAUCGGGUUCGCGAUUACAGAUAUACUCGUGGCGAGAUCCAGAUUUGGAAAGAGCUGAGAUUCUUCAGGAUGUGAAGAACAUUGAGAGACAAGGUUCGAGUUCGAGCUCCAGGGGAGGCGGUCGGUGGUGGUGGGAUGGAGAAGAUGGAUGGAAGGGCAAAGGGAAAGGAAAAGGGAAGGAGAUGGAGGAGAUGGCUUUGAGAAGGUUGGUGAGAGUUGGCAAAGGGGUGGAAGGAGAUGACUGGAUGAAAAGAGUCGAGCCUGGUAUAUCCACCGUCGACCCCGACAAUAUCCCAGAGUACCUCGCCCCGCUACUCACACAUGCUCUUCAACACAUCCCACCCUCGGUCCACUCCUCCACACCCAUUUACGUCCUCGCCACAGCAGGCAUGCGUCUCUUGCCUUCUCAGCAGCGCGAUGCCAUCUUACAAGCUACAUGCGAUACAUUACGGAACGACUACCCGUUCCUUGUCCCUGGGCCGACCGAGGAAGGGCCGUGUGGUGAAAAUGUAAGGGUGAUUGAUGGGGAGGAAGAAGGUAUCUGGGGUUGGGUAGCUGUGAAUUAUCUCAUGGACGGUUUCGGUCAUGCCCCUUCGCCUUCAUCUAUAUCCAAUCCCGGAACAUCAUCAUCGUCUAGUACCAACCUGCUCCCUCUCGCCCCACUAGCUUCCGCCCCUCCAGACUCUUCCUCCUCUUCCAUCACGCCCGUCGACAUUGCCCACCACUCCCCCACAUUCGGCUUCCUCGACAUGGGCGGCGCUUCCACUCAACUAGCCUUCUCCCCCUCUGCUUCCGAACUUCUUACUUCUGGUUUCCCACUCGACAAACUCCGGACAGUUAGUCUCAGAUUACUUUCGGGCGAACAAGUCGAUUGGCCGGUCUUUGUAGCGAGCUGGCUUGGGUUCGGGACGAACCGCGCUCGGGAACGGUAUAUGACAUCUCUUUACGAGGAAUGGGCCGCUGCCCAUCCUUCCCCUUCUGCGCAAGACCUAGCGACACCCAUCCCGGACCCCUGUCUUCCCAAAAACCUCACCAUCACCCCUUCCCUCUCUUCUCAACCCCCUUUAAUAGGAACCGGCUCAUUCCCCGAGUGUCUCACCUCCCUUCACCCUCUCCUCGAACAUUCCACCCCUUGCCCCACCUCUCACUGCCUCUUCGGAGGCCAACCGACGCCACACAUUGAUUUUGAACGGCACGAUCAGAGAGGGUUCAUAGGGAUAAGUGAGUACUGGUAUACGAUGCAGCAUGUGUUGGGGGUAGGAGGGGUAUGGGAUUGGGGAGAGUGGGAAAAGGGGAUGAAGGAGUUUUGUGGGAAAGAGUGGGGGUUAAUUAAGGGUGAAAUGGAGAACGGGGAUUGGGAAGAUGUUAAUAUGGACUCGACAAGAUUAGAAAUGCAAUGUUUCAAAGGCGCCUGGAUCUCCAACGUUUUACACGAAGGGAUCGGUAUCCCCCGAUUAGUUGAUGUAGGCGGGAACGAUACACUCACCGGCGGAUCGUUGGGCGAUACGAACGCUGAAGCUGAACGCCGGGCCCGUGAAAAGGGUCUGUUCGAGGGGAGCGGGCAAGAACAAGGGAAACACCAUUUCCAAAGUAUGGACCAAGUUGGGGAAACAGCCAUCUCUUGGACACUCGGUAAGGUCGUGAUUGAAGCAUCGAAAGCCGUCCAACCUCGAUCGCAAGAAAUGGAAGGGUGGUGGAUGCAUCAUCUCAAUCUCGGGUCCAUGCGACUGCCGUUAUCAUUACCUAUACCGAAACACCUAGAGGGAAAGCUUGAGGAUCUAGGAUUGAGUGCGGUGUGGGUUUAUGCGGUGGUAGCGUUCUUUCUGGUGGGGAUGCUCUUCUCUCGUUCUAAUCGUCGGAGGGGGGUUGGUUCAUCGGGGUCUGGGAUGGGGAGAAGGAGAAAACCAAGUUUGUCGUCACCGCCUUUACCUGCACGACCGUGGUUCACUUUCCCUUCUUUCUUCUCUGCCCCCCCCGCCGAUCCGAGCUUAUCGAUCGAAGACGGCCCAGACUCUUCCCCCACGUCAUCCACGUCAUCCGCCUCUUUCUCUGGCAGCGGCACCGGUGGUGCUAGUGGUAAAUCACGUAUCGUCCCCGGCCGACUCCGGCUUUGGUCCCUCCGUAUCUCCAACACGAUCAACAAAUACCUUCCUCCCUCACUUCCUUUUUCUCUUGGCAAUUCGAACCCGAGACAGCGGGGAGGCACACGUGAGCUUUGGACAGGGAUAGGGUUAGGAUUACCGAGGGCGCGACAUAAUUCGAUGCCCAUGAUCGGCAUGGGACUGAAUACUUCACCGGGGGCUGGCCUGCUCUCUCCAAGUGGCGGUGGUGGUUACUCACAACCCGGCUCACCUCGUCCAGUCUCUACACCAUUCUUCAGCUCCGUCGCUGCUCCAGGAAUCGGUGGCCUCAAUAUGGGUGUAGGCAGUCUUACACCAGAAACAGCUCUUACAGGCAUAUCAAGCGCCACAUCUGUCUCACCUUCUCCGAGCCUCGCAUCUACUUCUUCGCCGCCUCCACCUAGGAGCAGUUUGAAAUCUGGCAAGUCUGGUCGACCUUUCAAGUCGAGGCAGAAUUCAAAUAAUCUGCAUCCACACCAUGGACCGCAUGGGCUUCAUUCCGUUGGGGAAGGUAUAGGUUUAGGAGGGGGAGGGGCAGGGUGGAAUGAUCCGCCUUUGGCCAUGUUAAGCGGCCCCAGUUCGGGCCCAGGUCCAAGUGGGAGCGGAGCGGCAGAUGAUGGUGGAGUGUUGACGCCGACGGCGAAUGGAGGGUUGAGUAAUGGUGCAUUGUCGAGGAAUUCGAGUAGGGCGAAUCUGAGUGAAUUGGGGUUGGCGCAACGGUCGAUGAGUAGAACCGGAACGCCGGGUUUUGAUUGACCUCUUUAGGUGCAUGAUAUAAUACGGACAUUCAGGGUUGUUUUGUUGUUGGAAAAUGUUCAUCUAGCACCCCAAAUAUAUACAUAUGCACAUCUGUUAUAUUAUUCC